AUGAUCAUUCGUUCACGAGCAUUCAUUCGGUCAGCAAGACUUGCUGCAUUUUCUUUAAGACGCUAUGCCACUUCCUCUGCUCUCAAUGGUCUCCUCGCCAAAGAACCACAAGGUCCGAGCGUCCUGACCGAGCUUCCGGGUCCCAAAGCUCGAGCAGCGAAAGAAGAGCUGUUGAAGGUAGCUGACUGGCAAUCGUUGAAUAUGAUCCUAGAUUACUACAAGAGUUACGGGAACUAUGCCAUUGAUCCAGAUGGGAAUGCGUUUCUGGAUGUAUUCGCACAGAUUGCCAGUAUUCCGAUCGGGUACAAUAACCCUACACUCCUCGCCGCUGCCACGACACGGAAGUUCGCGACCUAUUUCAUGAACCGACCAGCAAUGGGCAACUUCCCACCUGCCGAGAUGGCGCAAAUCCUUCGGGACGGAAUCCUGUCAGUAGCACCCAAAGGUUUGAAUAAAGUCUCUACUUCGAUGUGUGGAAGUUGUGCGAAUGAAACUGCAUAUAAGGCUGCGUUUAUGUAUCAUGCACGGCAGAGGCGUGGGAUUGAUACGGAUUUCACGGAGGAGGAGAUGAUGAGCUGUAUGCGCAACCAAGCACCAGGCUCUCCCGACGUUGCCAUACUCUCCUUCACAGGUGGCUUUCACGGCCGGCUGUUUGGGUCGUUGUCGACCACACGCUCAAAGCCGAUCCAUAAACUGGACAUUCCAGCCUUUAAUUGGCCUCAAGCGCCGUUCCCGAUGUUGAAGUAUCCGCUCGAGGAGCAUGUUGAGGAGAACAAGGCCGAAGAAGCACGAUGUCUAGAGGAGUUGGAGCGGAUCAUUAAAGAACGCAAAACCCCGAUCGCUGCUGUAGUGGUUGAGCCUAUCCAAAGCGAGGGCGGCGAUAACCACGCCUCUCCUCAGUUCUUCCAGUCCCUCCGCACCCUAACCCUCGACCACUCCAUCCUCUUCAUCGUCGACGAAGUUCAAACCGGAAUCGGCGCAACCGGACAAUUCUGGGCACAUGAAGCGUGGGGGUUGGAGGCGCCGCCGGAUAUCGUUACGUUUUCGAAGAAGUUUCAGGCUGCUGGGUGGUAUUAUGGGAGGGAGGAGUUACAGCCUGAUCGGGGGUAUAGGCAGUUUAAUACGUGGAUGGGGGAUCCGGUUAGAGCGUUGCAGGCGAAGGUUAUUAUUGAGGAGAUUUGGCGACUUGAUUUGCUUGCUAACGUGAACGAGACGGGAAGUUGGUUGUACGAACAGUUGGAAGAUCGGUUCCGGAGGAAGGGACUGGUCAAGAACCUGAGAGGGAAAGGCCGUGGGACGUAUAUAGCGUGGGAUAUGGAUGAUGGACCGGCACGAGAUAGGUUCGUGAUUGGGAUGAAGAAAAGGGGAGUUAAUAUUGGGGGAUGUGGAGAGCGUGCAGUGAGGUUGAGGCCGAUGUUGGUGUUCACGAGGAGGCAUGCAGAGGUUUUGGUUGGGGUUAUGGAGGGUGUGUUGAAUGAUGCAUGA